ACAGCAUCAAGACUGAAAAACUAACAAAAACUAAUAUCAGUUAUGAAGUUGGAAGGGGCCUAUAAGGCCAUAGAGUACAACCUUCUGUUCAGUGGAGGAAUACAACUACAGAUAAAAUAAGGCAAUGAGCACAGUCACUGUACCACUGUUGAAGACAGAACAAGAGGUUUCUCAACCUAUCAACAGCAGAAUUUCCAUGAAGAAUUCUAGAUUUACAGUAUUCUCCCUCUCUUGUGGGGAAAUCAGGCUCAUUAUACUUGUCCCAAAGUAACAGCUGAAAAGAGAAAAUCUUAUUUACAUUAUUUUUAUAUCAGCCUAUAACAAAAAUUAUCUGGGUAGCUUACAACAUAAAAAUUAUCACAUUACAGUACUGUCAAAGUGCAAUGAGAAUGAUAUUAAAAGCCAGUUAUCAAAACAGUUCAUCUGCCCUUGGGAACAAAAACCACAGAAUGAGAUCAACAAACAGCAGAAUAACGGCUUAGGAAAAGUAGUUGGUCUUAGUUUAGUGCCUCAACACUGCAGCAACACAAGCCACGCGUAACAGGGCAUUCCACAGUUUAGCAUGGAUGCCACCAAAAGUAUCUUCAAUCUCCUAGUUAUCCACUCCCUCACUGUCCCUCACUAGCUGGCUUCUGAGCACCAUGUUCUAAACCUGCUGCUUUCCAGAUCCAAGUCCACCCAAACUAUCAAGGCCUCUACACUGGCAAAACACGAACAAAGGCAUGACAUGUGCCUGCUCCUUUCUUCCUUCACACUUUCUCAGAACCGAAACGAGGCACCGCUGCCUGUGCCUGGCCCUGGCCCUCCUCCCAAAGAGAGUGAAAGCGGAUGAAGGCCGGCUGGGAGGAAACCACACCGCCGGCGGCGGUGCCCUCUCUCCCUCCACUCAGCAAGCGGAGCAAGUCUAAAUGCGGCGCGAAAUGAAAGGAGCCGGGAAAAAAACCAUUGAAGCAGGAACGUGGCACCGGAGCACAGAGAGGCCUUGGAGAAAACUUGAGAGGACAACUGUGCUCUGAUUUGCACCCACCCGUGGAAAAUCUUUUCAGCCCUGGGGAAGAGUGAAGAAAAAGGGGCAACGAAACAUCCAGAAACCUGGAGCAACUUCCCGUGAGAGACCCAGAAAGGGUGAUCAAGGCAAGACGGUCUCUCUCCCUCUUUUGGAUUCCGGAAUCAGCCAAUGAACCAAAGUGCUGGGAAGAUUCAGACGUGGCCUGAUAACUCACACAAUCAGUCCAGAGAAAUUAUGCAUUGUCCAAUAAGAAGUCCAGUUGACUUGUUUCAUUCUGGGUAUAUUGUAAAAAUAUGUGCUCCUAUGGUUAGAUAUUCGAAAUUACCAUUCAGAACUUUAGUCAGGAAAUACAACUGUGAUUUAUGCUACACUCCAAUGAUAGUUGCAGCUGAUUUUGUCAAAUCUGUGAAAGCGAGACACAGUGAAUUUACAACAAACAAAGGCGACCGCCCUCUGAUUGUUCAGUUCGCUGCUAAAGAAGCACAAGUCCUAGCAGAUGCUGCUUGUAUUGUCAGUCCUUUUGCAGAUGGCAUAGACCUAAACUGUGGGUGCCCACAGAGGUGGGCUAUGGCAGAAGGUUAUGGUGCUUGCUUAAUAAACAAACCCGAAGUAGUGCAAGAGAUGGUGAGACGCAUACGAAAUCAGGUGGAAAGUCCUGGGUUUUCAGUAUCUAUUAAGAUAAGAAUUCAUAAUGACCUAAAAAGAACUGUAGACCUUUGCCAAAAAGCAGAAGCAGCUGGAGUAUCCUGGAUUACCGUCCAUGGGAGAAGUGUAGAGGAAAGACACCAGCCAGUACAUUACGAUGCAAUUAAAAUAAUCAAAGAAAGUGUGACUAUACCAGUAGUAGCUAAUGGAGAUGUGAAGUUUUUAAAAGAUGUGGAGGACAUUCAUCAAAUAACAGGAACAGAUGGUAUUAUGGUUGCUAGAGGGCUCUUAGCCAAUCCAGCUAUGUUUGCAGGUUACGAAGAAACACCUCUACAGUGCAUUCAAGAUUGGGUUGAUAUUGCUGUUGCACAUGGAACUCCUUUUACAUGUUUUCAUCACCAUUUAAUGUACAUGUUGGAAAGAAUUACUUCAAAACAAGAAAAGAAAAUUUUUAAUGUUCUGUCAAGUACAACUGCUGUUUUAGACUACCUUAGGAAUAACUAUGGUGUACAGUAACUUUCUAAAUAUUGCACUUCUGUUAGAUUAUACUGUUGUUUAAAUGAUUUUAAUUUUCAGAAUUUCAUAUAUAUGACAAAGGUAUACAAGUCUAUUUUUUCUAUUCAAUGUUUU